ACCUGUAAAAGAAAGUAAACGUUUUGCACAACGGUUUCGACGAUAUAAUUUACGCGAACAACCUUAGUAUCUCUUUCCAAUUCAACAUUCUGUGGCAUUACGAAGACGCCAGCCACAAUGACGACCAACGGCCGAGAUAUACCGACCACCCCUGAGCCUAUAGCCAUUGUAGGCAGUGGUUGUCGAUUUCCAGGUGGCGCCAGUUCAGCUUCGUCGCUAUGGAAACUACUCCAGACUGCACCUGAUCUCUGUCGAGAAAUCCCUAUCGACCGAUUCAGUACAACCGGAUUUUAUCAUCCAGAUGGCCAGCGGCACGGUACCACAAAUGUUCGGCAUUCAUACUUCCUUGAUGAGGAUAUUCGACUGUUCGAUGCGGCGUUCUUCAAUAUCAACGCACACGAGGCUGAAUCGAUCGACCCACAGCAACGCAUUCUACUGGAAACAGUGUAUGAAGCAUUGGAAGCUGGCGGGCAUAGUUUGGAAAGGCUCCGUGGCUCUGACACCUCAGUGUAUGUGGGAACGAUGACACUGGACUACCUUGACACCCUUACACGAGAUCACAACACCAUCCCAAAGUACUUCGCGACUGGCAUCAACAGGGCCAUUAUCUCAAAUAGAGUCUCGUACUUCUUUGAUUGGCAUGGACCAAGCAUGACCAUCGAUACAGCUUGCUCAUCGAGCUUGAUUGCGGUGCACCAGGGCGUGCAAGCAUUACGCAGUGGCGAGUCCCGGGUGUCAGUAGCCUGUGGAACUCAAAUGCUCCUAGGCUACGACAUGUACAUUGGCGAGAGUAAUCUACGCAUGCUCUCUCCAAACGGUCGCUCGAGGAUGUGGGACAUUAAUGCGGACGGAUACGCCCGCGGCGAGGGUGUCGCGGCUGUUGUAAUGAAGCGGCUAUCAGACGCCAUCGCUGACGGCGACCACAUCGAAUGCAUCAUACGCGAAACUGGCACAAAUCAGGAUGGCUUCUCCAACGGUUUAACAGUUCCCAAUUCAGAAGCACAGGCCGCGCUCAUACGUCAGACCUAUCGCAAAGCAGGCCUGGAUCCCGAGCAUAAUGCUACCGACCGACCGCAGUAUUUCGAAGCUCACGGAACCGGCACACAAGCAGGAGAUCCCAAGGAGGCUGCUGCUAUCCACGAUGUUUUCGGGCGGCAUAUGGACUCGAGUGACGCGCCUCUGUUUGUUGGAUCCAUCAAAACCGUCAUCGGUCAUUUGGAAGGGGCUGCAGGAUUAGCAGGGCUGCUCAAGGCUUCAGCAAGUGUGCAGAAUGGGUUUAUUCCCGCCAACCUGUCCUUUGAGCGACUGAACCCCAAGAUUGAGCUUUUCUAUCGGAACUUGAAAGUGCCGACUGAUCUGACGUCAUGGCCGAAGCUAACUGAGGGCGUUCCCCGCCGAGCCAGCGUCAACAGCUUUGGAUUUGGAGGUGCAAAUGCGCAUGCCAUUGUCGAGGCGUACACACCUCCGGCUAGACCCGAUGUGGAAAGCGCAUUAGUCAGCUUCUGUCCCUUUGUGUUCUCCGCGAACACGGAAACAUCCCUUGCCGCCCUACUACGACAAUACUCGCAAAUCCUCAGAGAGUCGCUCACACAUCAACCUUACAAUGCAUCCGAUCUCGCAUGGACUCUGCAUUCGCGGAGGAGCCAACUAUCAACGCGUGUUGCUUUCCCUGCUUCUACAAUCCAAUAUCUUGUGGACAGUAUCGAUGCCAAGGUUGCGAGCGCCAAAGACACCCCAAUCGGUCUUCGUUCAAGCAAUAGGGGCGUUGCACCUCGUAUCCUUGGCAUCUUCACCGGCCAAGGCGCACAAUGGCCGGCUAUGGGCGCUAGUCUCAUCCGUUCGUCCAAGUUCGUGAGCGAUAAGAUACAGCAACUAGAAGAUUCAUUGUCGUCGCUUCCGCCCGAUCAUCGCCCAGUAUGGAGUCUUCGACAGGAGAUGCUGGCUGAUGCGAGCACGUCACGCAUCGCAGAAGCCGCAUUGUCUCAGCCUUUGUGUACUGCUCUCCAGAUCAUAUUGGUUGAUCUAUUACGGGAAGCUGGAAUCGCCUGUGCAUCUGUCGUUGGGCAUUCAUCUGGAGAAAUCGGAGCUGCAUACGCGGCGGGUAUCCUCACCGCCCACGACGCGAUUCGAGUUGCUUACUACCGAGGAUUCUAUGCAAAACUGGCUGGCAACAUCAAGAAUGGCCAAAAAGGCGCCAUGCUAGCAGCUGGAUUGUCCUUCUCGGAAGCACGUAAACUUGUCAACAAGGAUGUCUUCCAUGGAAGACUCGCCAUUGCCGCACACAACUCAUCCUCCAGUGUAACGCUCUCGGGCGAUGCAGAUGCCAUCGAAGAGGUAAAGGCACUCUUGAAUAAGGACAAGAAAUUUGCUCGUCUGUUGAAGGUCGACACAGCCUACCAUUCGCAUCACAUGCUACCAUCUGGAGAUCGCUAUGUGGAUGCGCUCAAGAGUUGUGGCGUCAACAUCAAAGCUUCUCAGGAGAAGCCUAUUUGCUUAUGGUACUCUAGCGUGACUCCUGACACCAAGCCUAUGGACAAGGACCCCAUACUGAAUGACACGUACUGGAGGGACAACAUGGCAAACUCUGUGCUUUUCGCUGAUGCAGUCAAGAACGCCAUUUCAGGCGAUCCAGAUAUCAAUGUUGUGCUCGAGAUUGGACCUCAUCCCGCACUCAAAGGUCCUGCCUCACAAACCAUUGGCGACGUAAGAACGGAGGCACCGCCUUACUUUGGCGUUCUGAGCCGCGGUCGAGAUGAUAUUGUUGCCUUCUCAGAGACCCUUGGGUCGAUUUGGACCAAGUUUGAAUCGCAGUUCGUCGAUCUGGCGUCGUUUGACAAGUGCGUUUCAGCCCCAUUGCACUCCCGUGAGCUAGUGACUGGUCUGCCAUCUUACCAGUGGGACCAUGGCAAAGUACAUUGGAGCGAGUCUCGAAGAUCGAAGAAGAUCCGAUCACGUCAACACCCCGUCCAUGAGCUGCUCGGAGUUAUGUCCCCCGAAUCGAAUAGCAAUGACAUGCGCUGGCUGAACUUGCUAAACGUGUCUGAGAUUGCCUGGUUAGAAGGCCAUAAACUCCAAGGCUUGGUAGUGUUUCCGGCUGCAGGUUAUGUCUCGAUGGCAGUGGAGGCAUGUCGGGUCCUCGCAGGUUCCAAUGACGUCCAGCUUGUCGAGAUCAACGACUUUUCCAUACCGAAGGCGGUAACAUUCGACGAGGGCGGUGACGCUUCAAAUGUGGAGACUCUCGUCACCAUGACAUCCAUCGAGAGGAAAGCAGACCAGGCAAUCACUGCUGCAUUCUCAGUCUUCGCUGGCUCAGCUCCAGCCAGUGGAUCGGACCACGACCUUGAGCUGGCUGCUAGUGCGACAGUUAGGAUCGCCCUCGGUGCCCCCGAAUCUGCCAUAUUACCCUUCUCGGCGGAAAUAGACGACCACAGCAUGACACACAUUGAGUCUCAGCUAGCAUAUUCCGCCUUCUCCAAACUAGGCUAUGGCUACACGGGCCCCUUCAGAAGUCUUUCAUCCAUCAAGCGCAAACUGAAUCAGACAUCUGCUAUGGUGUCCUCCCAUGUUUACUCCGAUAAUGAACCAACCAUUUACUGGGUACAUCCAAGUAUGCUAGAUGUUGCUUUCCAGGCGGCGAUGCUUGCAUAUUCCUAUCCUGGAGACGGGCGGCUUUGGUCACUGCAUGUUCCCACAGGCAUACAGAGCAUUCGAAUUGAUCCUCAAGCCUGCACCUCGUUAUCGAUUUCUGGAUCACAGCUACCAGUCGCUGCUAUUUGUGAAGAGUCAGAUGAAUUCGUCGCAAACAUCGAUAUUCUCAGCGAGAACGGGCAGCAGUGUAUGAUUCAAGUCAACGAGCUGGCCUUGCAACCCUUUGCUCCAGCCACAGCCGACGAGGAUCGAUCUAUGUACUCAUUUACACGACUUGGAUUGGCAGUCCCAGACGCUACCGAACAUCUUAUUGCAGAGGACUCUGGAUAUGUUGACGCGAAGUCGGUACUAGCCACUGUCAUCAAACAGAUUGCUUACCGCUACCCCCACGCUAAGACUCUUGAAAUCGGCGAUGGACUUCAGAAUCCAUUUAUGGUAUAUAUGGCUCUGAAAGAGCACGGCGGAGCUUUACCUUCAUAUACAUAUACGGAAACUUCGCCAGAUGCCGUCCAAGCUGCAGCAGACCAGUUCAGAGAUUCCUCCAUUACGUUCCGGACAUUUGACAUUGACCAGGCGUUUGACAUUCAAGGAUUUCAGUCAAGCUCGUAUGACAUUAUCAUUGCGUCCAACGUUUUGCAGACAUCUUCUUCGGUGGACGCUUACCUGCAGAACGUCCGACAGCUCCUCAAACCCGGCGGAUACCUUGUGUUAUGCGAACAGACUGCUCUCGGAGAUGGUUCUCUUCCUGGAGUGGUAAACUCCAACCCUGAUCCCAAGCCGAGACGUGUGAUGAGAGCUGGUGCAUGGCAUUCUGCAACGCGAAAUGCUGGAUUCGGGGGAAUAGAUUCCAUGACCCGUCAGGGUACUGGCUCGCCGUUCUCUGUGAUGGUUGCUCAGGCAGUAGACGAGCGCAUCAAGUUCCUUCGACGACCACUCACUGCGCCAACUACUCCCAUUUUCAUCGAUAAUCUAGUCAUACUGUGUGCCACCAGUGUCGAAAGCUACCGCAUGGCAGAUGAGCUUGCAGAUCUCCUCCGGCGUUUCUGCGAUGAAGUAACGAUCAUCGAAGGUCUACCAGGAGAGAAAGAGUCUUCAUACGUUGCUUCUGGGUCUACCUUUAUCAAUCUGAUUGAUAUCGACGAGCCUAUCUUCAAGGUCGUUACGGAACAGAAGAUGGUAGGAUUGAAACGGAUGUUCAGCAACGCACAGCAGAUCCUGUGGCUGACACGCGGUGUCCACGAUGGUAUUCAGCCUUUCCACUCUGCCAGUAUGGCCUUCUGUCGCUCCCUUGCCAACGAAGCAAGUCACAUCUCAAUCAACACUCUCGACAUCUCUAGCAGUACUGAGAUUGUACCACGCAUAGUAUCUGAGCAUAUCUUGCGCCAGUGUGCCCUAGACAAGUGGGCAGAUGAGCCCAUAACCUGGUCACAGGAGCCGGAAACAUUUGAACAACACGGGAAGCUCUUCUUGCCACGGAUCUUACCGCAUGCGGACCAAAACAACCGCAUCAAUUCGUCAAGACGUGCCAUCAAGGCCAAGGUCUCAGUGUUAAACUCAGAUCUUUCCAUCGAGCCGGAUCUGUCAUCCUCAAUGCCUCGUCUGGUGACCAGCGGAACUGUGCCAGAGUUCAAUGAGAUCGACAGGAGCACACAGUUGGAAGUAAUGUCGUCAUCAUUGAGAGCGAUCCAACUGGCCCCGGGAACCUUCUUGUUUCUUGCUCUCGGGAAGCUUGGCGAAACACCAGGGCUUGCCAUCAGUGUUACAGCCUCUUGCUCGGCCCGGACAACUCCAAUUCGUUCGGUACUAUUGACGAAAGAAUACCAACUGAUGGAAGAUCAUGCGCUGCUACUAGUCGCUGUGACUGCGGAGCUCUUGGCUGCAUCAAUACUUGACAGUAUAAGUCCUGGAAGCACGCUCCUUAUCCAUUGCAUGGAGCAUGAUCUUGCAUUGACUGCUGCUCUCAAAAGGCAGGCUAUCGUGAAGUCCGUAAUGGUGCACUCUUCUUGCAUGGAGACAACAACCCCCGACCUUGAUCCAUCUUGGCUUGCAUUUAGUCCGUAUGCGUCGAGCCAGACCAUGCGAUGCAAUCUUGCUUCUCUCAAGAUCACACACUUCUUGGAUUGGACAGGGGGAGCUGGAAAUAUCGGUUUCAAGAUUUCCCAAGCCUUGGGACCUGCAUGCAAGCACAUGGACUUGCGGGACUUUGCUAGGCUUCAAGCUUCGCACACAAGCUGUAUGGAUGAAGCCCACGCAUUGAACAUACAAGAGUCUGUGGUGACCGCGUACGCACGCGCUUGUGCAGCGUCAAAAUCAAGGGAAAUACUCUCACGAGACCUUAUCCUUGACCUCCACCACAUUGGAGAACGACAUGGUAGCUACAAUGCUACGGCCGUGAUUAGCUGGCCUACCAAAGGAGAUGUUAUUGCAGAGGUUCGGCCGCUGAAAGCUUCUAACAUCUUCUCAGAUGACAAAUCCUACAUUCUCUUUGGCCUCACAGGGCAGAUUGGACAGUCGCUUUGCGAAUGGAUGGUGUCAAACGGAGCCGGCACUGUCAUCUUGACAAGUCGAAAUCCCAAGGUUGAUCAGAAAUGGCUUCACUCUUUUGAAUCAAGCCCAGGAACAGUCAAGGUCAUGGCUGUCGACAUCACCAACCAGGGAGCUUUGGAAAGUCUGAUCAAAGAUAUCAAGUUAUCUAAUCUUCCCAUCGGUGGCAUCGUUAAUGGAGCCAACGUUCUUAGCGAUGCUCCGUUCGACAAAAUGUCUGCAGAGCUGAUGAACCGCGCUCUUGGUCCCAAGAUCACUGGCUCUUACAAUCUCGACCAAGUCUUCUACAACGAUGAUCUCGAAUUUUUCAUCUUAUGCUCGUCCAUAUCAUGUGUUAUCGGUACCGCCGGACAAUCCAACUACGUCGCUGCCAAUGGUUAUAUGAAUGGACUUGCCAGACAAAGGCGAAGUCGUGGUCUAGCUGCUUCUGCUCUAGAUCUAGGCUUGGUUCUAGGCAUUGGUGUGGCGGAGGUAGCGGGGCAGUCAGUCAUUGACUCGCUGCAGAAAUACGGAAUUACACCUCUUUCCGAACUAGACAUUCGCUCGGCUUUUAUGGAAAGCAUUUACUCCGGCCAUUUGACCAACAAGCAACGAACCACUACCGGUUAUUCCACUGCAGUCAUGACAAGUGGCCUCAGGACUAUCACAACUGAAGAGCGUAGUAUCGUAUGGUACAACAAUCCCAUAUUCUCACAUUUGGUUGUGAGAUCCGGAGCAGACGAUGCCGGGGACCCUUCCCGAGGCAAAGGCGCAAAUCUACCUGCAAAAGAGCAGAUUGCUGCUGCGGAAACUAUGAUCGAAGCACUUGCAGUGUUGAAGGAGUGCACCGCUAGUAAACUGCGAGUCCUUCUAGGCAGUGGAGACGACGAAUUUCCGCCAGACGCUCCUCUGGUAGAGAUGGGCAUCGACUCCCUAGUUGCUGUUGAGGUACGUUCGUGGUUCUUGAAGUCACUUCAGAUCGACAUCCCGGUUUUGAAGAUCCUUGACGGGUCUUCCUUGGACACUGUUUGUGAGAUGGCUAUCAAACGAUUGCCAAAGGACCUUCUCGCCCAGAUUGGCAAAGGGAGCGAUAGCGAUGCGUCCUCGGAAAAUUCUCAGGUAUCUUCAGAUGCUGCUUCUACCUCGACGACUGUGUCCAGUGCUCAACUCAGCUCCGCAGGUGGUGUUACUGAGCGUGAGAAUAUCUCGGCAAUAGAAACACCAGCUACUGGAGUUACUAGACCAACAUCUACAGUAUCCCUUGCAGGUCUCGCUCGGAGCAAGUUUGCUUCUAAUAGCUCUAUCGUCAAACGCCACCCAAUAUCCAUUGGCCAAUCUCGAUUCUGGUUUCUACGGCUCCUGGUUGAAGAUCCAACGGCUUUCAAUGUCACCUUAAAGUUCCGCAUGCACGGCCACGUUCGUGUUGGUGACCUGGAAAGAGCUAUCAAUGCCGUGACCGCCCGGCACGAGGCUUUACGAACAUGCUUCACCGAGGACUCAGAUGAAGCUGAUCAAGCUUGGCAGAACGUCCUCAGCCGCUCAUCAGUCAAUCUGGAGCGGAAAUCGGUGGCAUCCGAGGAGGACGUUGCCGCCGAAUACGAUCAACUACGAACGCACCAGUUCGAUCUCGCCAGUGGGCCUUUGCUACGAAUGAUACUGGUGACACUUUCUCCAACGUCGCACUUCUUGCUUGUAAACUACCACCAUAUAAUCAUGGAUAUGGCUAGUUUCCAAGUCCUCAGUGCGGAGAUAGACAAGGCGUACAACAGUCAGCCUCUGGGGCCAGUAUCCCGCCAAUACCCCGACUUUUCUGUAGAGCAGCGGCGCAUGCUCGACGAUGGAGAGAUGGCAGACGAAAUUGAGUACUGGCGAGGAAUCUUUCCAGCUGGCUCCCAGCCUCCGGUCCUACCAUUGCUACCAAUGGCCCGAUCCAGCUCACGAACGGCAAUGACCAACUAUGCGCUUCAUCAAGUGAGCAUAUUGCUCGACGCAGAUCUUGUAGCUCAAGUUAAGGCCGUGAGUCGAGCUCAGCGCUCGACGCCAUUCCAUUUCUACCUGGCUGCAUUCAAAGCCAUGCUGUUUGCUUUCACCGAUACCCAGGAUUUGACCAUUGGUAUUGCUGAUGCCAACCGCCAGGAUAGCGAUGUCAUUGGCAGCAUCGGAUUCUUCUUGAACCUGCUGACGCUGAAAUUCUCUCGCAUGUCCAAGCAGACCUUUGCGGGUGCAAUUGUAGAAGCACGCACCACAGCCUAUGGAGCACUGGGUCAUUCACGGUUGCCUUUUGAUGUUCUGCUCAAGGAGCUCAACGUGCCACGUUCUUCGUCAUACAAUCCAUUCUUUCAAGCUUUCUUUGACUACCGACAACAAACCAGUGACAGGCAAACUUGGUGCAAUUGCCGUUUUGAUCUGGACCAGUUGCAUCCAGGCAGAACCGGAUAUGAUAUUGCGCUCGACGUGGCUGAUCUUGGAUCCAAUGUGCAUCUGACUUUCCGUGUCCAGAAAGGCCUUUACGACGAGACAGCGGCCAAUCUACUACUCCAAACGUACGCGCAUUUCGUCACCACUCUUUCCCAAGACGUAUCGCUCGUAUUGGACGAAAUGCCACUAUUCAGCGAACGGCAACUUGCACACGGAAUUCAGAUUGGUGUGGGUCCUGAGCUAGAGAAAAACUGGCCGGCAACGCUUCCACAUCGUAUCGAUCAAAUGGCCCAGCUGAACGGAACCAGCACCGCAUUGGCGGAUGGCUACGACAAGAAAUACUCGUACUCGGACAUGAUCAAGCGAAUUGAGGCCAUCGCAGAGGCACUAGUCAAUGCGGGAGUCCGCAAUGGGAAUCGAGUACUUGUUUUCCAGCAAGCCACGAGCGAAUGGAUCUGCUCUCUGCUAGCCAUCAUGAGGAUCGGGGGCGUUUAUGUUCCUCUUGACCUCAGGAAUCCGAUGGAACGUCUUGUAGCACAAGCGAGCCAUUGCGCUCCGGCUGCUGUCCUCGCUGACGACGAUAACGUCAAAAAUGCACCACAACUCGCCGUGCCUGUCAUCCUGAAUGUCUCUAAUAUUCCCGCAUAUCCGACAAACCCGGUUCCAAACGUCGCCGAAUCUAAUCAACCAGCGGCAAUCCUGUACACCAGCGGCUCUACCGGAACACCCAAGGGUAUCGUGAUUCAGCACUCGGGAAUCUGUAACCAGAUGGAAGGAUACACCAAAACCUACCAACUAGGUGCUGAGCGAGUCUUGCAACAGAGUGCCUUCACAUUUGACUUUUCCUUGGACCAGAUUUUCACUGGCCUUGUGAACGGAGGGAUGCUCUUUGUUGUUCCCUCAGACAAGCGCGGAGACCCACUGUCCAUCACAGAGAUCAUGUGGCGCCAAUCCAUCACCUACACCAAGGUCACACCUUCAGAAUACUCAAUGUGGAUGCAAUAUGGUCAUGAUAACCUCGUUAAAGCAAGCGAGUGGCGCUUCGCUUUUGCAGGUGGCGAGCCCCUCACCAAGGCGAUCUUGCGACAGUUCUCGUCCUUAGACCUGCCAUAUCUCCGUCUCAGCAACUCGUAUGGACCUGCAGAGACGUCUAUUGCCUCACACAAAGGGUUCAUCGACUAUCGUCAAGAGAGUCUGCCAUCACAACUGAGCGAAGAACGAACCAUUGCCUGUGGGUUUUCAUUGCCCAGUUAUGCGACAUAUAUAUUGGACGAGAAUCAAAACCCUCUGCCGGUCGGGAUGCCCGGAGAGGUAGUUAUUGGCGGUGCUGGUGUAUCUUUGGGCUAUCUGACUGACCAAAAACUUACCGACCAAGUUUUCAUGCCUAAUCCAUAUGCAAAUUCGUUCUUGACUGCCAAUGGGUGGACGAAAAUGCACCGUACCGGUGACAUUGGGCAUUUGCAAGAUGAUGGGUCUCUGGUCUUCCGGAACCGUAUGGCUGGCGACACACAGAUCAAACUGCGGGGCCUCCGCAUCAAUUUGCAGGACAUAGAACAGAACAUGGUAUCUACCGCUAGAGGCGCCUUGAAAGAUACCAUCGUUUCUCUUAGAUCAGGCGACCCUGAGUAUCUGGUUGCGCACGUCGUCUUCUCUCCCGACACCGGUGUGGAAGACCAAGCGCUCUUUCUGGAACAACUACUUAGCCGCUUGCCAAUUCCUCCAUACAUGAUGCCUGUUAUGGCAGUCCCGCUUGAGAGGUUGCCUGUAACGAAGCAUGCCAAGGUGGACCGGAAGGCGAUUGCCAAUCUCGAACUACCACAGCGCACCCCCCAGGCAGAUGACAACGGCGACGAAACUUCGGAGAUAUCUCAGACAAUGAUACAGCUCGCAUCAAUCUGGGAAGACCUGCUGCCUCACGUCAAGAGCGUCGGCACGAGACUCACAGCCUCAACAGACUUUUUCCAGAUCGGCGGAAACUCUCUCCUAGUGGUACGCCUGCAGUCUCGUAUCCGCCAGGUUUUCAAUGUUGCUGUGCGCCUCGUUGACUUCAUCAACCUGAGCACGCUAAGUGAGAUGGCACGGAAGAUAGAGGAAAGCCCUGUCGUCGAUCUCAUCGAUUGGGAAGCUGAAACUGCUCCACCGGCAGCCAUAGGCACGUACGAGAGCACAAAGACCAAAGAAAAGUCGGGACUUACGACUGUGCUGAUGACUGGCGCCACUGGAAAUCUGGCCAAGCACGUCCUUCGGGUUCUACUCUCAAAUCCGACUGUGGAAAGAGUGCACUGCAUAGCUGUGCGAAAUAAGGAUCGUCCCAGCGACAUUCUCUCGCAUGCAAAGGUUAAGGUCUCCGCGGGAGACUUGUCCCUCCCACUCCUUGGCUUGGAAGAGGGGGAGUUCACCUAUUUGGCUCACCAUGUCAAUGUCAUCCUACACCUAGGUGCCGUGCGAUCAUUCUGGGACAACUACAACAUGUUACGGUCGACCAAUGUUCAUUCCACGAAGGAGCUAGUGAAGUUUGCCUCCGUCAGUCAUAUCCCGAUUCACUUCGUAUCCACAUCAGCGGUCCUGUCUGAUCCAUUGGCCUCUCCAUCUUCGGCCAUGUCCUACUCUCCACCACCUGACGGCUCCGAUGGUUAUGUGUCGAGCAAAUGGGCAUGUGAGCGGAUUCUGGAGCGCUCUGCCGCAAGUCCCGAAGUUGCCGUUCCGUCAUUCAUCUACCGCCUUCUUCCCUCGUCGUCUACUGUGACACCAGCACAGAAGAACACUGCUCUGGACGAGUUUGAGCGCUGCAUGAAACUGGCUGACGCAGUACCGGAUACAACAGGCUGGCAAGGAAGAAUGGAUCUAAUACGGGGCGAAGACAUUGCGACGUGGCUGUGUGGUUCGAUUGCAGCGUCUACAUCUAGAGCAACGGAAACUCCAGCCAACGCAACGUUCCUUCAUUACGAGUGUCCCAUUACCAUUUCGGUGGAGGACCUCGAUGAACGCGCUGAACUGUUCAAAGCGGGUAAGCCACAGGAAGAAGCAACUAUCUCGUCAAUGCCGCUACUCAAGUGGAUGGGGAAGAUUAAGGCACUCGGAUUUUCGUAUAUUCUGGCCUCCCAGGAUGCAACGGUGCGUCGUGGUACGGGUGAGCUUGAGUCUACAAAAAGAUGAUGUCCAGAAAACCAAGUGAGGAAAGCUAUAUAUUAAUAUUUUUGCGGGUUCAUUUACGUUCAAGAUCUCUAGAAAUGAUAUCACGAGUUCGAGUGAGGUUCAAUGUUGUUUAGAUUCCGUUCGAUAGUGUAGCGGUGUGAGGAGAAGAGGACUGCGUUGCAUUGUGUAGUUAUGGAGGAACUGCAGCUAUAUAGGUGUGUGUGAUGAGAAAGUGUGGUAGCGAUAGCCGUACCCAACUCUCACCCAAGUCGGUCUUGGCAAGGCCCAAACCGUUACAGAUAGACCUUUUGGAACACAAGACAACAAACACCAUUGGCUUUAUAAUCGUUUUUGGACUUGUUACUCUAGAGUUUGCGACACACGAUUGGUUAUACAAACCGUUCAGCAGUAUA